AUGAUUCCUCCGAGCAGCACGACUGAAGUCAGCGUGGAUAGUGUGGAGAAAGAGAAUGAAGUGGAGAGCACAGAGCAGCCCCCCUCUCCAGCAUCAACUACCAGCCAGGAAUCAAAGCUGCAGAAACUGAAAAGAUCGCUCUCCUUCAAGACCAAAAGUUUGCGGAGUAAAAGCGCAGACAAUUUCUUCCAGAGGACUAAUAGCGACGUGAAGCUGCAAGUGGACUUGAUGCCUGAGGUGAGCACCAGCACCGGGCAGCUCCCCAGCUCAGAGAGCCAGGCGUCCUCCCCCACCAGAGCCCAGCACCUGCCAGAAAACAACAAGGCUCACAUCUUCCAGGAGCACAUCUUCAAAAAACCCACCUUCUGCGAUGUCUGCAACCACAUGAUUGUUG